AUGUCAACUCGAAAAAGAACAAGUUUUUCUGCUGCCCAAAAAUGCAAACUUUGUCAAUGUAGGGCUCUAUUUGUUCAAAACCAAAUUAAAGCAUAUGAUAAUUUUCAAGAUGAUGCUACAAAAAUACUUGCUGGUUAUACUGUAUAUAAUGCUUUAAUAAAUGUAACGGAAGCAUGGUCUAAUGUAUCACAACAAACAAUACCUAACUGCUGGCUAAAGACUGGUAUUCUUCCAAAAAGAACAAUCAUUGAACCUUUCAGUAUUAAUGAUGAAGAUGAGUAG